AUGCAGAUCACCCAUGUUGUCCUCCUCCAGUUCAAGCCGGAUGUCUCUGCCGAAGACAAACUAAAAGUUGCCAGCCAAGUACGGGCUCUCCGAGAAAGCUGUCUCCAUCCCGAGACCAAGAUGCCGUACAUUGUCUCAAUGAAAGGCGGAUGUGACAAUUCCAUUGAAGGGCUACAGAGUGAUAUCAGCCAUGGCUUUGUCUCUGUAUUUGCGAAUGAGCAAGAGCGUGAUUACUUUGUGACAGAAGAUCAGGUGCAUCUCGGUCUUGUCCAGAGUGUCAAGGGGUAUUUGGCGAAAGUGCAGGUGGUGGAUUUUGUUGAUGAGGUCUAUGCUUAG